AUGAGAGAAGUGGAGAUUGUUGGUGAUCGAGUAAUAAAGUGCACUACCCUCCAAGAAGCACGUAAUUUAGAAUACGUGCAAAACAAAGUAUCUUGUCCCAAGAUCUAUGACUAUUACACAAAGGACUCCAAGUUCUACAUUGAAAUGGAAUAUAUUGCUGGAAAGACGUUAUAUGACAUUUUGCCAGAAUUAAGUGAAGAGCAGAAACAGACUGUCACAGAUAAUAUCGUAAAUGAGUUGAAUAAACUUAAGGAAGAAACAUCAAACGAAAUAUGUGGAAUUGAUGGUACUACAAUUUAUGGUCCAUUGAUUGACCAUAUGAAGUUUGAAUCUGAAAGGGAGUUCAACAAGCACAUCUCUUCAUAUUUAAAAAUCGAUCCAAGAUUAGUUAGAUUUGGAGAGCUUGUUCUACCCACCGAUAGUAUCAUUUGCCUUCGCCACGGUGAUUUGAAUUGCCAUAAUAUUAUUGUCAAAGAUGACAUGAGUGUUGUUUUAAUUGAUUGGGAGUAUAUGGCAUUUUUGCCUGAAUAUUGGGAUUUGAUGAAAUUGUUUCUUGUUGGGCCAAUGGAUAAUGAGGCUCCCAUGUUGGUUUUUAAUACUUCCGUCAAUAAGAAGGCUUUAUUGAUUUACACUCUUAUUAUAAAUUUCAUGUAUGGUUAA